ACGUGAAGAUGCGUUCCAAAAGUUUGUUGUUUGUGUUGUUUGCCACCGCGAUGGCAUCAGUGGUGUUUGGUGCUGAAGAUGUGACAACUACCACAACGGAGCAGUCAUCAACAGACGAUCCGGCCAAAAAACAGGAAAAACGAGGCUUGUCGGAAUAUGCGGAUUUCGGGACGGAUUUCGGAGGAGAGCAUCUGUCACUUGGUGAGCAUCAAGAAGGGAUCGGUGAGGAUGAGCAUUACACUCCAGAACAUUACCCUCGAUCAUACCCUCAUCAUCACGAGCAUGUGAAGACGAUCACUGUCGAGAAGAAGGUUCCAGUCCCGUACAAAGUUGAGGUGGAGAAGAAGGUGCCCGUACCUGUAAAAGUGCCGGUCGAUCGACCUUACACUGUGUUCGUACCCAAACCCUACCCAGUGACUGUUGAGAAGCCUGUGCCCUACCCGGUGAAGGUACCCUACCCACAACCGUACCACGUCGAGAAGAAGGUUCCCGUUCCGGUGCAUGUCCAUGUGGACCGUCCAUACCCUGUUCACGUCAUUAAGCCCUAUCCAGUCUACGUCACCAAGAAAGUACCAGUCCCCGUCGAAAAGCACAUCCCUGUACCAUACAAGGUUCACGUUGAUAGACCAGUACCUGUUCGUGUGCCAGUCACCAAACAUGUGCCCUACCCCGUCGAGAAACACAUCCCUGUACCAUACAAGGUCCAUGUGGACAGACCUGUGCCAGUACAUGUACCCAAGCCUUACCCAGUGCAUGUUGAGAAGAAGGUGCCAGUUCCAGUAGAGAAAGUCGUCCCCUAUCCUGUCAAGGUACCAGUCAAGGUGCCCUAUGAAGUACCAGUGCCCUACAAGGUCUACAAGCCCUACCCCGUUCACGUACCAGUCCACGAAAAGGAACAUCACUACGAUCACCAACAACAGUAUCAUCAGUUGUAGAUCAACAAGCAACAGUAUCAUCAAUUGUUAAUCACCUACAACUCAGCCAAACAACAAGGAAUUGGACUACACGUUAUCGGAUACCCAGUGACUGAUAUCGAAAGCCUAAAACAGAACUUUUUAUAAAGUUAUCACUGUUAUUAUAGUGACUGUUAUCUCUUACAAUGUUCCUAAGUAAUUUAGUUUCCAACUGUGCUCAGAUAAACAGAUAAUAAUCUUUUAAGGACGAGUGCAUUAUAUUGUGAAAUUUAUAGGACUGAAGUGUAUUACAACUGAGCUCAAUUUUAUAAUAAUCAUACUGAGAUUCAUUCAUUAAUCCAUUCAUUCUCUCAGGUCAUUCAUCAAUUUAUCAUCACAUGAAUUUCACUUCAAAGUGUUCGCAUUUCAGGUGAGUCGAUGAGAAAUGUAUUUUUGCAGAAUGUUAGGAAUAUAAUCAAUUUUUUUUUUCUAUUUUCAACCACCUUCUCAUACAAUAUAAUACUAAUUGAAAACAUCACUAAUAUCAAAUCACACUUGUACUUGAGAAUUAACAAUUCAAUUAGCAAAAUAACAUCUCAUUCGUAUUCAAAAUUCUUCAAUUUGUAAAUCUUAUCACCAUUCAAACAAAAUACUUUAUGAUAAUGUCAUCAACCUCUCAAUAAUAAUGAUUGGUGUGAGAAUUUAUAAGAUUUGAAUGUAAAAGUUGAUUCAAAAAUAAAUUUUGCAGAAAACAAGCUUACUUGACAAUUAUUACUUAGUUUUAAUAGUUAAUUACUUGACAAUUAUUAUGCAAAACCUAAUACUUACCAGAAGCAUCGACAUUGGAAUUGAUUUUAACAAAAAUUGCCUAUAUUUUUUUAUAAUGACAUCAAUAAUAGAUUGCUCAAUAAUGCUCAACAUCACAAACAUUUGAAUUCAUUUCAACAAGAACAUCAUAAUUCUUUCAUUAUCCGUAGUAUUUUAAAUACCCUGAUUAAGUCAUGAAAGAUCAUUUUCUAUCGAAGAAUAAGUUGAGCCUCUAAUAAAAAUUAUAAGUAGAAAAAUUAACAAGCCUACUACCUCGUUGUAAACUUGAGCAUAAGUUUUAGAGGGGAUAAGUUUUAGAGCAUAAGUUUUACGUCAGUAAUUUGAAUCUCUUAUGGCUUUCCUACGUAAUUAUGUUUCCAUUCUGUUUUUCCCAAAAACUGAGCAUUUUUCAAAUCCAUCGAAAAUUCAGUUCAUUGAUAAUAAUCUUUCAAAUUAGAACUGCUACAAGGUGUCGUCAACAUUGACAAAAACAUUUUUUUUAUUCAUUUUGCGUGGCCAGUAACAUAUUAUCAAUACCAUUUUCAUGCAACAGAAUGUGGAACAUCUUAUUCCAUGCUUAAUUAUUAGUCUUCUAUUGUUCAAAUUUCUACGGUAAUUUAAUAGUAUUGAUGAUGUCAGUAUUGAAAAUCUAUAUUAAAUUUAGCUAUUCAACUGAUCAUUUCGACUUUCCAUAUAGGCUACGUAAUCCAUUUUUCAAAAUGUGUAGGCUUGCACACCAAAAAAUCACGAAUAGUAGACGAAAAAAGGAUUAUAAUAUGAGUUGAAUGCAUUAAAAUUUAGAAUAUUGAGUUACCUUUUCGAAACUGUGUUUAAUAAAUGAGUUACUUUAACAGUGACAGAGAUAUGAAUUAUAAGAAUCCUACUCAAGAUCUCAUUGCAAUUAAUUCACAUGUCAUACCUCUAUUUCAUUAAUUGUUUGAUACUAUAACAAGUUGUAAUUGAUGGAAUGUAUGUUUCUGUAUUAUAAGACUACUUGUAUUUAUACUGUAAACGCUAUCAUAAAUAAAUAUCCGCAUUUUUAAAAAGUUA